ACUUAAUAUAACUCCUUUGCUGCAAGUUAAUUCAGUUGUAGGCCAGAAUUAACUGGAACUUGCACUUGUUUGUUCCUUAAACUGAAACAGAACAGCACUAAUCUGGGCAAUGGGUGAGGGCUUUUGGAGUUUAUCUGAUACUACUUCCGUCAGAAGUUUGGUCAAUGUGGUCCAGAAAAAGAAAAGAAAAUAAGGAGUCUGAAACAAAGGAAUAUAUUAGGAUAAGAUGAUUUAUACAGUAACUGAUCUGGUUUCAUAUGAAAAGUCAAUUAAGUAGCUUGUGGAAGCGACGAGAAAGCCAGAGUCAUUGUCAUUGAACAACAGCCCUUAUUUUUGACGAAGCUACAAGAACACCCCACAAGGCGUAGCCCACUUUGCAUCAGUAUCACUACUAAACUGGCGAUGACGGUAGUACUUCGUCGCAGUUCAUUCAUUUAAUGUCAUCUUGCUCAGUGGAACUGGGAACGGAGUGUCCCGAGGAUAAGGUUUGGGGUUUUGUCUCCAGAUGUGACCACUGAAACGCUAAAAUCAAUCUAUCAAUGGCGAGUCAGCUUGCAACAAGCACAAACAAAGUCCAGAAAUUCUUCGACGACCUCGAAGCACGCAGGUCUAUUAUCUCCACUUGCACCCAGGUGUUUACGAACCUAUCGAAACAUUUCUCUUCCCUGGAAGCUUCAAUCUCCCAGAAAUCCCAAUUGAUAGAUUCAAACUUUGAAGCUCUGGAAUCCCAUGCAAACAAGACUCACGAAUCCCUCGAUCACCGCGAGAAUUCUAUUCCAGAACGCGAGUCCGCUGCGGCCGCGCGAAUUGAAGAACAAAAGGAAGCAGCUUUGGCCGACUUCGCUAAACCAAUUCCCGCAAAUGUUGAAUUGUCUGAAACCCUGAAGUCUCUCUGUCGUAAAAUGGAUUCUUCAGCGUUGUUGAGGUUCAUCGUAUCUAGGCGUAAAGAAUCAGCGUCGUUGAGAGCCGAGAUAGUGCAGGCCAUAGCGGAGGCGGUGGACCCUCCAAGAUUGGUCUUGGAUGCGGUGGAAGAAUUUCUAAAUAGCAAAUCGGCAAAAUCUGGGGUCACUGAUAAGCGAUGGGCUUGUGGGAUUUUGAUUCAAGCAUUGUUUCCGGAAACUAGUUCUGCAGGCAAGUCGCCAGAAUUUUGCAGAAGAAUGGUUGGCAGAGCAGCUGACUUGAUAGAGUUGUGGAAAGGGCAGAUGGAUGGUAUUUCUGAAGACGGCGCUGUCGGUGCAGCCGAAGCGGUGAUGUUUCUUCAGAUGGUAGUAGGUUUCAGACUACGUCGGAGCUUUGAUGAGGAGUAUUUGAGAAAGAUGGUCAUGGAGUUUGCGUCGAGAAGGGAUAUGGCAAAGAUUGCAUCUGCAUUAGAAUUCGGGGAGAACAUGGGAGAUAUAAUAGAUGAACUCGUUAAAAAUGGCAAAGAGGUUGAAGCUGUCUAUUUUGCUUCAGAAUCUGGCUUGACUGAAAGGUUUCCCCCCAUUAAUCUGCUCAAGUCCUAUCUGCGGAACUUCAAAAAGAAUGCUACCACCUUAUCAAAGAGUGGAAACCACAGUCAGGCUGCAUUGGAUGAAUCAAGCACUCUGGAGUUAAAUUCCAUCAAGGCUGCGAUCAAAUGUAUAGAAGACCACAAACUGGAAUCAGAAUUCAACCUUGAUAGUUUGAGGAAACGAGUUGCUCAUCUGGAGAAAUCCAAGGCUGAGAGGAAAAAGAGUUCGUUUGUGGGGAAUAAAUCUCAUAAGCGGGCCUAUGGAUCAAGCAGCGGUCGAGGUGUUGGAUCGAGCUCUUUCCGGCCGGCUAAAGCAGCAAAAUUUAAUUCAUACCCAUCUUUGAAUAGGAGGAACCCACCAGCUCCUCCACAACCCAGCCCUGUUUCAAGAUUUUCUGGAUCAUUCAAUUACCCCAGCCAGACUGUCUAUGAUGGUCCUACAGCUAAUCCUUAUGCAGCUGCUUAUGGAGCUCCUCAUAGUCAAAGCCCUGUUGGAUUAACUCAACAUCAUUACUCGCUUCCUAGUGCUUCCUUUGGAGCUCAGACUAACUACGGCAUAUAUGAUUAUGGAAAUGCCGCUCCACCUGCCUAUCAACCACCAUUUACACACUAGACCAGAAAAUCACAAGUUAGCGAUACUUUUUGUUUUCCUGUAGUUUGAAGAAUAUCUUAAAUUAUAUCCCUUCUCAAUGACUCCGGAGUUCAAUCUUUUUCCUUUCCAUUCUUUUUUAACUGUUGCUAUAUGAUUAACAGAGUUUCUAGGGAGGUCGAGGUCCUGAAGUUUCAGCCAGCUUCAAACUCUAUUGGAAUUAGAAUUUAGAUGUUAAAAGCUGUAGCUACUAAAUUACAUUGUAUUCCAUCUAUAAUGAUGAUGACGACGACGACGACGACAAUAUGACGAUGCUCGAAUGUGAUUGCCAGUACCCCAAUACCUCGAUAUUUGAUCAAGAUAUCAAAAAAUAAUAGAUCUGAUGGCAUAGGCAUGCCUUUUGACCAA